AAAGCAGUUCUGUCUGCCCUUCAUUAGGACAUUUUACCUCGGGUAGAAUCAACAAAUGUCGCAUUACACAGAUUGUGGCCUCAACGUCCAUUUUUCAGUGUGACUAGGACAAAGGCCACCUCGAAUCUGACUAGAGUACUUAAUGCUUAAACAGUCUUUUAUUCACACCCAUCAUCUGAUGCUAUUGUCCUGGACGUAAGAACUUUUGUUUCCUCUCCGCUCAGCACACUUCCUUUCAAACCAUUCAGGCACUCUUGUUUAAUCCUCCGCCGCUCCCGAGUCAAGCCAUCAUGCCCAUCGCGGAGCUCUUCCUUGGCGCCCUUCUUCCUGUGCUGUUCGAGAGGUUGGCCUCUCCCGAGCUGGUCAACUUUGCGCGCCGUGAGGGGAUCGAUAACCUGCUGAAGAAAUGGGAGAGGAUGCUGAAUAGCAUCAAUCAAGUGCUGGAUGAUGCAGAGGAGAGACAACUGACCAGCGCUCCUGGGGUGGAGUCGUGGCUCAAAGAUCUCGGGAACUUGGCCUAUGACAUCGAAGACUUGCUUGAUGAGUUCGCCACAAAGUCUGCGGAAAAUAAGUUCAAGGCAGAACUUGGCAAUAGCAAGGUGUGCUCCCUUCUUCCGAGUCGUUGCUUUAAAUUGAGCCCAAGAGCAUUUAUGUUUGACCGUAAAAUGAGAUCCACGAUCGAAGAGAUGGAUAACAAACUACAGGAUAUCAUCACUCGGAAAGAUACUUUUAACUUCGGAGAGAAUAAUGGGAAUCGAUCAACAUACCGUCGACAGGAUAAGCAGCUUCCCACCACGUAUUUGCCCGAGCCUGGUUUUGUUAGUAGGAAGGAUGAAAAAAGCGAGAUCCUUGAAUUAUUGACCAAAGAUGAAGACGAUAGAACAUGUGCAAACUAAAAGUGAUACCUAUCGUAGGGAUGGGGGGUGUGGGGAAGACGGCUUUGACUCAACAAGUUUACAAUGAUGCGAGAGUCACUAACUAUUUCGAUGUGAAAGCAUGGGCUUGCGUUUCCGAAGAUUACGACGUGCUUGCUAUCACAAAGAGUAUCCUAGGGAUAACCAACGGCCAUUUGUCCUGUGAAGGUAAGGACUUCAAUUGGCUUCAAGAUAAGCUCAAGGAACACCUUGCGGGGAAGAAGUUUCUUGUCGUUUUAGAUGAUGUUUGGAACGAGAAUUAUGGAAAUUGGACUACUCUAUUGAAGCCUUUUCAAUUGGGAGCGAAGGGAAGCAAGAUCAUCCUCACCACUCGUAACAAGAGUGUUGCUUCAUUAGCUAGUGCUCCACCGUAUUAUCUCAAAGAGUUGUCACAAGAUGCUUGUAUGACUCUGUUGGCAUUUCAUGCUUUUGGUGUAGAAAAUUUCGAUCAUCAUCUAGAUCUUAAAGUAUUAGGACAAAAAAUAGCGGAAAAAUGCAAAGGGUUGCCAUUAGCAGUAAAAACAUUGGCCGGGCUGCUACGCCAUAAAGUCAACCCCCAAGAAUGGAAAGCUAUAUUGAAUAGCAAAAUUUGGGACCUAAGAAAUGAGAUCCUUCCAGCUUUGAAACUUAGUUAUCUUCAUCUCCCUUCCAAUUUGAGGAGAUGUUUUACUUAUUGUGCUAUAUUUCCAAAGGACUAUGAAAUUGAACGGGACGACUUGAUCCACUGGUGGAUUGCAGAGGGCUUGUUGGAGGUAAAAGAAGCAAAGACCCUUUGGAAUACAGGUUUGAAUUAUUUUAAUGAGCUAGUAUCUAGAUCAUUAUUUCAAAAGUCAAGUAUAAACGGAUCACAAUUCUUGAUGCAUGAUCUUGUGAAUGACCUUGCAAAGCUAGUCGCUGGUGCAACUUAUUUUAGCCCAGAGGAGUUUGAGUUUGAGGUUAAUCAAAGUAAUGCAUCUUUUGCUCGUCAUGCCUCUUUCAUUCCCAGCUAUCACAUUGUGCCGAAAAGACUUGAGGUAUAUCGUCGAAUGAAGGGACUUAGGAGCUUCAUAUCAUUACGAAAGCCCUACGGUCAGUUCUACUUGUCCCAUAAAGUGCUAUGUGACUUGUUGUCGACAGUAAAGUACUUAAGGGUGCUUUCAUUGAGUCAUUAUCGAAUAAGAGAGGUACCGGAUUGCCUUGGCAAAUUGAGGCACCUAAGGCACCUUAAUCUAUCGUAUACUAAUAUCAAAAUGCUUCCAAAGUCGAUUGUUACAUUAUAUAACCUAGAGGCUUUGAUGUUGCGGGCUUGUCGAUACCUCACCACAUUACCGAAAGGUAUGGAGAAAUUGAUCAAUCUAAAAUUUCUCGACAUUACCGAUACUCUGAACUUAAGAGCGAUGCCAAUGUAUAUAGGUCAUUUGGUGGGUCUUGAGAUGCUGUCCAAAUUUGUAGUGGGAACAGAAAAUGGGUUAAGGUUGAAGGAGUUAAAAAACCUGAAAGACCUCAAAGGGGAGUUGUGCAUCUUUGAUUUGCAUAAGGUUCAAGAAGUUGGAGAUGCUAAGGAGAUCGAUUUAAUCACAAAGGAGGGAAUAUGUCGGUUGACCAUGCGGUGGAGUCCAGAUUUUGAAAUUUCUCGGAAUGAAGACCUUGAAGCAGAGGUCCUUGUCUUUCUUCACCCUCACCAAAACCUUGAAAAUCUCGUGAUAUCCUACUAUGGUGGCCUAAAAUUCCCGUCAUGGUUAGAAAGUCCCCCACAUCUUAACAUUGUGCAUUUACAAUUACAUGGAUGUUGCAGAGCCAAAACGUUGCCAUCACUUGGGCAGCUAUUUUUGCUCAAAGAACUAUAUAUUGAAGGUCUAAAUGCUAUAAGCACGAUAGGGUCUGAAUUUUAUGGAACCGAUGAGAGUCCUUUUCCAUCGUUAAUAACUCUAGAAUUCAGGGACAUGCCAUUGUGGGAAGACUGGUCUCAUUGUGUUGGGAUUGAAGAAGUAAGAGUUUUGUUCCCUUGUCUUGAGCAUCUCCUCAUUCAAGAUUGUCCUGUGUUGAUAGGAAAAUUGCCUAGUCAACUAGGCUCUCUCACAAAGCUUGAAAUCGAGUCCUGUCCACAUAUGGAUGCGUUGCCCUCCAUCAUUAGCCUUCCAUCUCUCAAAGAAUUAAAAUUCAAGAGUUGUAAUGAGGGGGUGCUAAAGAGUUUGGUAAACUUGACAUCUCUAACCUCUCUUAUCAUAAAAGAUGUCUCUGAACUUACUUGCUUAAAUCAUGGGUUUACAAGCUCCUUGAUUAGGCUGGAGGAGUUAUAUAUCAAAAGAUGUGAAAAGUUAACUUACUUAUGGCAAGACAAAGUUGUUGAUAUGUGUCCUGAAUUCAUGUAUUUUGUGGCUGAAGAAGGAGAUAUAGAGCUGUUUGGCAACCUUAAGACUAUCUGCUUGAGUGACUGCAUCAAAUUAGAGAAGCUCCCAAGCAAGAUGCACACCCUUUAUUCUCUUAGAGACUUGUCAAUCGAAAAGUGUCCAAAUCUCGUGUCCUUCCCCGACACAGGUAUACCGACAUCUAUGAUAUCUUUAAAAAUCGAGGGCUGCAAUAGGUUGCAACAUUUACCCAAAGGAUUAAAUGUUGACUUGGAUGAACUAGGCAGCAUCAAUACCCAAGGGGACAAGAUGUCUUGUCUGCAAAGUUUAAAGAUCACCUCCUGCCAUUCUUUACCAGCUGCUUUGUUUAGCGGGGGCAUAUUUUUACCUAUAACCCUCAAGAGUCUCAAAAUUUUUCAUUGCCAGAAUGUGGAGUCGCUCGCGCAAAUAAAUCUAAAUUGUCUUCAAUCCAUUAAAGAGAUUGAGAUUGGUAGUUGCGAUAAGUUGAGAAGCUUACCCCAAGGCCUAAACACACUCUCCGGCCUCAAUUCCUUGCAUUUGUACCACUUGACUGCUCUAGAGCUGGAGUGCUUCCCUCCUCUUCCUCCCGAAAUCUCGACGUUUAAGCUUGACAAUUGUUCGAAGAUAAAAUCGUUACCUACUCAGUUGCAUCGACUCACCAGUCUCCAAGAUCUGGAAAUUAGUGGGUGUGAGAGUAUUACGUGCUUCCCUAAUGGAGGACUGCCGCCCCAGCUACAGCUUCUUACGAUAUUAAAAUGCGAGAAUAUGAAGCAGCCGGUGAGGGAGUGGCUUACCCCCCUCACCUCCCUUGAAUGGCUGGAGAUCGACAGCGAGGUUGGAGGAGUGGGAGAGGAGGAGGAUCUUGUGCUUCCGCUCCCUUCCUCUCUACUCAGGUUCUGGAUUAGAGAUAUGGGGAAAGUUGAAAGACUGUCCAGCAGUCUCCCUCCCUCUCUCCAAUAUUUAGGUAUCUUCAAUUGCCCGAAGCUGAGGGAGUUGCCCCAGGAUGGCCUCCCUCCCUCCCUAGAAUUUCUCUGGAUCGAAGGAUGUGGGAUUCUGGAGGAGCGAUGUAGGAAAGGGACCGGCUGCUAUUGGCCCCUCAUCCGCGAAAUCCCACAAGUCACAUUGGGUUGUGACGACUCCAAGUCAAUUACUUGAAAGAAAGAAGGGAUUCGGACUCUGAAUAUUCUAUAUGGAAGAGAUUAGGGUAUUUUCAAUACCUGAGCCUUGGCUCUUUUUGAAGAAGGGGAUUCCAUAGUGUCAAUCACCUCCGUUUUCCCCUCUGUCGUCUCUGCACCUCGAUCGCCUCCCUAGGCUCCGCCUCUCCACUCGGUCGUCGUCCUCACCUCAUAUCACCCCAAGUCUCCAUCUCCCGAAGAUUCCUAUGCCUCGGACAUACUAUUUCCAUUCAAAAAUCAAGAUUACAUUGGAAUUCCUGUUGAUGAAGUUCGUCAGUACGGCACAGGGACCCACUGAAAGGUCUAUGUUAAGCCUAGGAGGAGGAGGAGGAGGAGGAGGAGAUGCUGCUUUGGAAUCAAAGAUGCAUAACCAUGGACUCUGAAGACGCUGGUUGGCAAAGUUUAAAGGGCCAAAAUAUCUACUGUAAUUCGUUACUCUCAUUUGUAAUAGCCCGCGGCUAGGUCUAGAGGGUUGGUUUCCAUCCAAGGAUGUGGUGUUCUAGAGGAGUGAUGCACAAAACAGACUGGCCACGAUUGGCACCUCAUCUGCGAAAUCCCACAAGUUCAUAUCAUUUUAGCAUAUAGAUGAGUAAGCUGAAGCUUUUGAGCGUAACUACACUAGAGGGGUGCCAAGAAUAACCCACCCUUCUUCUUUCAUCAUCGUCUACUUCCCCAGCCCCUUUGUUUUCUUGUCUGUACCUCCAUUGCCUCUCCACUCCAUCAUCCUAUUCCCUCUUUUUUGUCACGUCGCUGCUCCUUCAGCUCUCAUGCGACGCCAUUGCCCCCCUCCGUGUUUCCCACUAGAGCCUUCCCUCUUGUCGACAAGGACAGGGUACAGAGAAGAGUUACGUGAUUUCUUGGGAGUACAAUCUGGUGAGACUUCAAGAGUUGUUCAACGAAGAAGGGUGUGAGGCAAAGCUACGGUUGAAUGAAGAUAGGAAGCCUUACAUGUACAUUGUAGAUUGUAUCUCAAGACUCCAAUUAAGGAUGGUCCCACCACUGGAAAGAAGAUAUCUUCGUGUGGUGGAGCAUGGGUUGUUCUUUAAUAUGCAACCCUUGUGAUUAUGGGGAACGUGGAAAGACUAUCCAACAAUCUCCCUUCCUCUCUCCGGACCUUAUGGAUCUUCCAUUGCCUAAAGCUGAGGGAUUUACCCCAGGAUGGCCUCCCUCCCUCUCGAGAACAACUCUAGAUCUUCAAAUGUGGGAUUCUGCAGAAGUAAUGCACGAAACAGUAUCAGCACCUCAUCCGCGAAACCCCAGAAGUUGUAUUAUGGGCAUAUUUUUAGUGAGCUGAAGCUUUUGGGUGUAAAUAGGGUUCAUCUCCUUCCCCUUUGUUGUCUGCUCCUCAAUUACCUCUGCUUCCACUCCACUCCGACGUCCUCACCUCUAUCUCCCUCUUUGUUGCGCCAUCGCUCCUUCAGCUUUCCCACAACAAGGACAAGGUACGAAGAAGUGUCUAUUACACUUACAAUCUGGUAAGUGAUCUCAUUACUGAACUCCAUCAGUCCAUUUAAACCAUGUCAGUAGUAGGUUACAUAUUAGGUUAAAUCCGCUUUGAAAUAGGGAGGUGUGGAAAAGGCGGAUUUUUUUUGGUAAUUAUGAAGUUAUUGCGCUAGGCAGUGAUUGCUUUCGAUCAUGAAAUGAUGUUCUUAGAUGGUUUCAAAUGUGGUGACCGUUAGACAAUUCAUCUUGUUGCAAAGAUAAUGUCUUGGAAAAAAAAAACUCGAAAAUCUGCUGUGUUUCAUUUUUAAGUCAGCAAUUAAGUGAAGUUGUGGAUGGUUUUGUUUACUUGUGAUGUUGAACACACAAAAGCAACAGCCUUUUAAGUACCCAGAAGACUGUCAAAUAGAAAUGCUACGUUAAUUAUAGUUUAAGAGGACAACACAUUGUCAAUACAUGGUAGUCAUAUUCAUGAUCCGACUGGAAUCGAUGGAGGAAUUCACUCCUGAAAAGCAGGGGUUCAUCAUGAUACUAUUUGGUUCUUGAUGUUGCGAGAAGCUGUUCAAUUUGGGAAUUUUGAUGUUGAUAGGUGCAACUUCGAGGGUUGUUCAAUGAAGAAGGGCAUGAAGCAAAGCUAUUGUUGAAUGAAGACGGGAAGCUUUAUGUGAUGGAUGACUCCUUGUAUUUCAAGACUUUAAUAAGGAAAGUCCUGCAGUAGGAAAGGAGAUGUCUUCGCUGGAGGGAGUGGAGGAGGAGGGAUUGUUCUUGGACAUGGCAACCGCUGUGAUUAUGGGGAACAUGGAAAGAUUGUCUAGCAAUCCCCCUUCCUCUCUCCGGACCUUAUGGAUCUUCCAUUGCCCAAAGCUGAGGGAGUUACCCCAGGAUGGCCUCCCUCUCUCCCUAGAAAGACUCUGGAUCUUCGGAUGUGGGACUCUACAGAAGCGAUGCACAAAACGCAAAUUUUUAGUGAGCUGAAGCUUUUGGGCGUAACUACGGUUCGUCUCCUUCCCCCCUUGUUGUCUGCACUACAGCUUAAUCACCAACCUCUGCUUCUUCGGCUCUCCACUCCAUCAUCCUCACCUUCAAUUCCCUCUUUGUCACGCUGCCGCUCCAUUAGCUCUCCCACGACAAGGACAGUGUACGAAGAAGUGUCUAUUACAAACUUGGAAGUACAAUCUGGUGCGACUUCAAGAGUUGUUCAAUUAAGAAGGCUGUGUGAGGCAAAGUUAUGGUUGAAUGAAGACAGGAAGCCUUAUGUGACGGAUAACUCAAACUACAUUGUAGAGUUGCAUUUCAAGAUGUUUCGCAAAACGCCAGUUUCGUUUGAUCCUAGAAUGGUUGCAAUCUUCGAAAGCCUCAGUGAAAGGAGGAGUGAAAGCACUGUGUCUCUUCUGUAGUGUAGUGUUAAACCAUACAAUAGACAUGUUUCUAUUUACACAGGAAUGUCACUUCAACAAAUAAAGAACAAAGUGCAACAUAAGCCAUUGCACGAAUGGAAAUUGAGUAUAAUCUAUAUACAUCUUUAGUGCAACUCCACAUGAAGCCUCGUGAUGAUGCACUCUUACUAGUUCCAUAGAACCAAAGCCAUAGAUUCUGUGAAGAUGGUCAUCCACAGCAACUUCCGAGGUAGGAACAUGGGCACUGAUGAGAAACAAGAUACUAGGCAUUAGGUUUGGUAAAAUUUCACUAGAUUGUAGUUCAUAAAUGCCCUGUUUAAUGUUCUUAAAGGAAGUUGAUGACUUGGAUUGUCUUCAUUCAACACCAAAUGCACAGUCAAAGGCUGUUGUAGGAGCUGUGACUAUGUAAAUGUGACUGUUAACAGCUGCCAUUUCAGAUUGAACUACAUGAACUUCUCUUUUUUGACUUAAUCAAAACCUUAGGAAGCAAGUAACCCGUUCUUUGGAAAACUUGUUUUGGCCAUUGGAAAAAGAUAAGAUCAAGAGAGAGACGUCUUCAGAAUCUCACCUUAACUUCCGCUGUCUGAUCCUGUGGUAGAUGAGUUGGAAACUUUUAUUCCGAGUUUUUCAGUCGUUACCGAUUGCGCCUUCAAAGGAUCCAACACUAGACAUGUUAAAAGGAAGGUACGCAUAAGUGGAAAAACUGGGAAUUAGUAUGAAUUGCAAUCUCGAGUCUUUGAGUUUAUAUCUUACAAUCACUUAAGCAUGGGAAGAUGCUAACAUUCACGAGAAUCGUGUAACCAGCAUCGCACUGGUAAGUGUGCUGGUAAGUUGCAGACUUCAUGCAUGUCGUUCCUCCACAUUAUAUCCAGUAGCAAGCUGCCCAGAAAUUCCUUCAAUACGACUUAUGUACCAAAAGGAUGAGGGAAGUGAAGAUGAUUUACGAUCGAAGACAGAUGUGUCGUAUGAAACGGAUGGGACUUGGGGGAGGCCCGGGCAUGCAGAGUGCUCAACAGAACCUGCACGAAAAGAAGAUUUGCAACUUAAGCCUAUGUCCACAACAGCAAAACACAAUUCAUAUGAACCUCAACCAUAUGGCUCUGAAAGUUGAAUGUUUAUGUGAGCCAAAUAGAACUUGAGGUCAUCUUCAUUGGCGAGGCGCAUCUGCUUCCAACCCACUUCGCACUGGCAUUUGAAGUCAAAUAGAGCGCUGGCAUUCACGACGCAGGACCUCUUUCCACUUUGCACUUUGCCGCAUAGCUCCUCUGCAACAUCGAUUCAAACUGAGCAAGAAAAUCAGUCCGCCAUUUGUUGUAUUUAUUUGUGAAUGCCAUGCAGAAUGAUCAACAUCGAUUCAAACCGACACGGGUUGUUGAGUGGCGGGAGGCGUGGGCCGGAGCUCAAGCUCGGCCAUCACCAGCUAGGCGCUGAAGAACUCGUACUAGAGAUGUGGUAGUUGGGGCUUAGUUGAAUGCACCGAGCGAUUUAUCUUUGCGUAACUAAGCAUGAGCUCGAGCUCUAGCUUCGUAUAAUAAUAACUGUGUAAAGUUACUGGUUCACGCUGGCAUUCAACGACAAGAUCGGAGGGUUCGCAAAACAAUUGAUGAUGGGCAACGGACCUUGCCAGACAAUCAAAUCGGGUUCAUGAUCAUGUACUCAUUCACCUUCUUCUUCGCAAACUUCGGCCCUAAUGCCACCACAUUUUUGGUGCCCACUGAGAUCUUCCCAGUGCAGCUCAGGUUGACGUGUCUUGGCAUAUAUGCCGCAGCUGGAAAGGCUGGGUCCUUGGUGGAUGCAUUCGGUUUUGUGUAUGCAGUGGACGGGAUCGGUGUUAAGAAGACCUUGAUCACACUCGGCGUGACCAAUUUCUUUGGGACAGUCUUCAUCUUCUUGGUGCCAGAGUCGAAGGGCCAUUCGCCCGAGGAAAUAUCUCUGGAGAACAUGAGGAAGAUAAUGCAGCUGAGUUGAGGACUGUCCCCGUUUAAAUAGGCCUCAAAGUCUACUCAUGAGCUUUCUAGCAGACUUUGUCAAUGUAAACUAGCUUUGGUACAGUUUUAGACUGUAUUACCUCUGAAAGCUGCCUUUUUCGGCCUCUGAUCAUGUUGACCUUUGUCGAAUAGAUUCAUGGCACCAUCGUUGAAGCUUGAACCAUGGUCAUUGAAGUAGAGGCAGAUGUAUCUCUGUGGUCAUAUAAUCACAUUUUGACAACUUAAUCUAAGUUCUUAGCCCAGGAAUAAA